AUGGCCGAGAGGCAUACAGUGACCAGCUGGCACAGGCCCAGAGGUGGACCACCUGCUUGGAUCAAGGUAAAAGGACCUCAGACCCUUGAGUCCCCUGUGAAGUUCAAGUCCUACAUCUGGAUUGUUGCUGACGGCCGCCUGAGUGAGACUGAGGACAACGCCGAGAGUGGCGCCUGGGCCCAGAGCAGUCGCAAGAGGCGGAGAGACCAAAGUGACCCCGUGGGCUUCUUCCCGCCCCACGCCUCCCGGGACACCCGCCCGGGUCCCCUGCGCGGCCUCCGCUGGGCCGUCGCGCCCGCCCAGUUGGUGCGUGAGAAGGUGGGUGCUAGAGACCCCGCUGGGCCACCUAACAGAGCAGCUGCAUCGCUGGUCCGCAGCCACGCCCGCGGGGACAGCAGUGCCAGCGCCACACGCCACUUCCCUCCUCCCCAGGGACAGCAAGGCAUGGUGUUAAAGGCACUGGGCAGCUGGCAUUCUGGAAGGAGUUUGAAAAGGAAAGAAGGGACCAGGUCUCCAGAGACAGGACUGUUAAGCACAUUUGCACGGCCACCACCAGAAGUGAGAGUGGAGAGAGAGGAAAGUCAUUAUGGAGGGCAUUGGUGAGCAGUUUACCACUGUGGGCAAUGGAGCCCCUACCCUGCUAGACCUCUGGGAGGCUACAGAACCCUCAUCACUUAAGGGGUAUGGAAGAUGGGACACAAACUCUCAUCCUUUGGAAACCACUGAUUUGUUGGCCUUCGCUAUAGCAACUCAGCUAGUAUUAUAA